GUUCUUGGUGCUAUGAAUAAACCUAAUGAUAUUGUUCCUUCACCAACAUCAUCAUUCUCUAGCCAUUCUUCUGAAUUAUAUAAAAUAACCUUUGAUCUAUUUGAAGUAAUAUUAAAAAUUCGACCUUCAGAUCCAGUAAAAGAUUUAAAAUAUGAUCCUGUAAAGCAUGUAAUUUUAAAUUCUAGUGUAAUCCUCAGCGAAGCUGCAAAAGCACUAAAGAAAAGUUGGAAAAGUAUUUUACUUGAUAAUUGUCCGAUAAGAAAUAGUUUCUCAUCAGCAUCAAAUAAUGAAAAUUGGAGAAGUAUUUUAUCUAAUACUUAUAUGAAAAAAUCCAAAUUAGCUACAACUUCAGAUAACAAAGAAUAA